AUAAGGAACUGCGAUUUCGUUCGAGAUCACGCUCUUAGUGACCUUUCUGUGUCGUUGUCUACGUGUAUCUGAAACUGGUAGAGGGUCCACACACAUUGUAUUAGUAAAUAUUUUAUAAAGGCUACUACGAGGUAACAUGGAAUGGGGAGGUCGAUAUGAGACGUUGGAUUUGGAAUGUGAGGAGGGCACAAGGACGGAGAAAAGUGCGUUUAGUGGAAUGUUCAAAAGGGCAUCAAAAAUCUCAGAAAGCUCAGGACCUGCACAGGAACAAAAUGGCAAUCUCUCAAAAAGCAAUGAUAAUCUCUCCGACAACAGCAGCUUGAAGGCAGGAUCUUUCCUCUGGAGAGCAGCUUGCAGUUCAGGAGGGAAGGCCAGUGUUGGAGAUAAUCAAGAGCUAUCUGCCAGUAAUGACAGUCUGUCCGCCAAGGCGAACCCCAAGGAAAAAGGAGGAAUGUUCAGUGGAAUGUUCCGGAAAUCUCCCAAACCCCCUGGAGGCAUGGACCAGGCCUCCCUGGCUGUUGACAAAGACCUUUCUGCCAGCAAUGACAGUCUUUCUGAGAGUAGCUCAAACAAAGAAAAAUCUGGUAUGUUGAGUGGGAUGUUCAAAAGGCCGAAGCGCACAGCAUCACAGGAUAACUUGUGUGACCAAAGUGAUGUAUCUGCCAGCAAUGACAGUCUCUCAGAGAGUAGCUCAAACAAAGAGAAAUCUGGCAUGUUGAGUGGCAUGUUCAAAAAGUCUCCAAAACCAAAUCAUAAGCGCACAGCAUCACAGGAUAACCUGAGUGAUAUAUCUGCUAGCAGUGACAGUCUCUCAGAAAACAGUAACCCUAAGACUGGGAUGAUGGGAAAGAUUCUGAGGAAUCCAUUUCACUCCACUGCUCAGGACAAGGAGAGAACAGAGAAAUCUUCAGAUGCAAAGGCUUCACAGUCAAAACAGGAGAAGGAUUCAUAUUCAGAGACAGAAGAGAUGGAGGAGAGUGGCAUACACUCCGGUCACAAACAGAAUGCGCUGGUUGGAGUCAUGUCAAAAUUGAAUCCAUUCCGUCAUGCCAACAAAGAUAAAGAGUCGGAAAAGGAUGAUGAAGAUGAGUCCUCUGGCAGUGAAAACCAUUCCCAUCGCAAACAGAAUGUUAAGGUUGGAGCCCUAACGAAAUUGAACCCAUUUCGCUCCGCUCCCAAAAAACUCAACUCAGAGAUGGAAUCUGAUGAGGAGCUAGAGCGAGACAAGGAUGAGGUGAAAACGGACCAAAGAGAGGGGAAAGAGAGAACAACUCGUGCGGCUCUGGUCCCUCCCCGUCCCACUGACAAGGAGCGGAGCAGCGCAGCCUCCAACAGCCAGCUGGGGAGAACCACAGCAAAGGAGAGGGAGGUCAGUGGUAAUAUGAGUCAGAGAGAGAACAAGAGCAUAGCUAGACCUUCCCUGGUUCCACCCAAACCUAAGGAGAAGGAGCUGACAGCAAGAAUGAAAGAGAGCGAACUCAAGGAAGCACAGUCUAAAGAACAACAGGGUGCUGGUGCGGAGUGUUGUGAUGAGCCGACACAUGGUGGGGAGGAGGGCAUUCAGCCUACCACAAAGAAGGCAAAGAAGCCUAAGAAUCCGUUCCUGUCACAGGUAGCUGCCACGAACAAAGCCUCAGCACUGAAGACUGGGCAGGAAGAGGCGUCGGGUAGUGAUUAUCUGGAGGAUGAAAGUGAAGAUGGGCUUGAAGAUAGGAAGGAACUCUCCACAGAAGAAAAGAAAUCAGAACAAGAAGUGUCAUCCACAAAACCAAAGAAGAAGAAACCUAAAAAAGUCAAAAAUCCAUUCAUGGCUCAUGUUGCAAAGGGUAAAAAGAAGAAUGAGAAGGAGGAAGGAGCCCCAGGGGAUGACUCUGCUGAGGGCCAAAAUAAGUCGCUGUUUGAGCAGUUGGAUGAGUACCGUUUUGAUAAGGAUGAAGAAGAGAACAAGGAUCUGGAUGGCUUGAUGGAAUGGUGGAAUACGGUAGAACAAUGGGAAGACCUGCCACAGAAUGAUGACAUGACAGAGAAAGAAGAGGCAAAAGCCUUUGCUGUGACUGCUGAGAAAGUACAGAAAGGUAUCCGCGUCUUCAACAAGCUGUUCACCGAGCGGGCAGAGGGACUGUGGCAGCAUGUCAUCGACCUGAACUCCAUCGCAGAUGGCCUCGACCGCUUCAACAAGAGGACCAAGAUCGCCCAGAUCACCGGGGGCUCCACCAGUGCCAUUGGGGGCGUUGCUACCAUCACCGGGCUGGCCUUGGCUCCAGUCACCUUUGGGACAUCGCUGAUUAUUACCGCUGUGGGCCUGGGUGUGGCAACAGCAGGUGGACUCACCUCCGCCUCCGCUGGCAUCUCUAACCAGGUGAACAACUCGCUUGACCGCAAGAAAGUGGAACGCAUCGUGGAGGACUACCAGGAAAAGAUGGGUGACCUCAACAAGUGCAUGAAGUUCAUCAAGCAAGGGAUCGAGAACCUGCGCAGGUUCGACCUCAUCAAGUUAAAGAGCCAGGCCUACAACCAGGACUUCCCAGCCCUCAACAACAUCUACGAGGAUGGGGCCAUGGCCGGCAAGGCCAUUCUUAUCAAUGCCAACGAGAUCAUGCGUGUAGUGCAGAUUGCCAACGUGGCCGGGAGCACAGCGGCGCGAGCCGUGCAGAUAGCCAGCAUGGCCACCGGCGUCCUGACGGGACUCUUCGUGGGCAUGGACAUCUAUUUUGUAGCCAAAGACUCCCGCGAGCUCAAGAAGGGGGCCAAGUCGGAGUUCGCCGGCAAGAUCAGGGAGGUGGCGGAACAGCUGCAUGCCGGGUUGGUGGAGCUCAACAGUAUCCGUGAGGAGCUGCAGUCCUCCAGCUCGCCAGAAGGCAGAGCCGAGGACCACCAGCCAGACGAUAUCGACGACAUUGAUGAAAUCAAACGCAUACUUAAGAGUGUUCCUCCCGAGAGGAGGGACGAUACCGACGACAUUGAUGAAAUCAAGCGCAAACUAAAGAGCAACCCACCCCCCAGUGCUGAUGAUACCGACGACAUUGACGAAAUCAAGCGCAAACUAAAAAACAACCCACCUCCAAGUAGGGACAAUUCUGACGACAUCGCCGAAAUCAAGCGCAAGGCUAAGAAUUGAGCUUCUGAGCUCCCCUACACCAAACACUACAGACACUAAACAUACUCAAGUUACUAAAACACUGCCUGAAACUGAAAAAAAAAAAACAGGCAAGGCCAAACCACAUUCUCUUCCAGUUGACUCCCUUAUCACCAUGGUCCACAUUAUUUAUUUGUCACUCCAUAUUACACAGCAACAGGCGGCCUCGCCCUCCAAGCUCUCUCAGCCCUUUUGUGGUUCUACCACUCUCCCUCUGUAUGCACUCACAGACUUGCAUGGGUUAUGCAAAAGCUGUUGUUGCUGCUCUACAGGUAUUUAGCUAGCCAAACAGCCAGCUGUUAAGCAAGUAUGAAAACACAUAUCUGCUGCACUAUAGAUGAACCAUGAGCAAAGUGGCAUGCGUAGAAACGCACAGAUGUGGAGGAUUGUGGGGAUUUGAACUCUUGCUAACCAUGAUGUACCCAAGAUCUCUUGAAUUAUUAGAUAAUAGUAUUUUAUUUUUUUAUUCAUUGUUUUCUCUUCCAUUUGUUUAAUCAAACUAUUGGACUGUUGCCAGCAUAGUGUUUUCACUAGGCCUGUGUAAAGCCUCAGGACAUGCUUUGAUUGCAAUGUAUGUAUGCCUAUUUUAGCUGCAGUUUUUAAACACUUAUUCAACCACUACCUAUCUGUUUCAAGAAUUUAUGUACAAAUUUGAAAGACUUAACUGUCGGCCACUGGCAUAAAACAAAUAUAUUGAUUUAUUCUAUCUAGCUUUUAUUAAGUUUAUGUGGGUGCAGGUAAGCCUACCUAACUUUCUUUAUUUUAGACAGAGAACUCUGAAUGUAAAUACUAAGCUGGAAAAUAGGGUUAUUUAAAUGGGGGCUAUUGACCGGGUCCGUGUAUCAUUCGUUCAUUUGAUAUUCAAUUGAGAAUCCAAAACGAAAAAAAAUAAAAAUGACUUGUUAUUUCA